AUGGUCGCCCCCGUCCGCUGGGUAUCCGCUCCGUCUCUCAUCCCGGUGUGCCUCCGGUCGUCGGGUGAGCUCCUUGGGCCAGGUUCCGCCGUCGCCACCGCCCCGCUCACCCCACCACCACUCGUCCGGGGGUGCCUCUGCGCUGCUUCCGCUGCGGGGUCCCUGCGCUGCCUGAGACUGGCCUUCAGUAUAAAAAGUAUGAGCUUCUCCCAUAUCCUGCCCUUCCUCUUUGCCAUUCAUGAGAUCAACCAGAAUCCAAGGCUCUUGCCCAACAUCACCCUGGGCUACAACCUCUAUGAGAACUUUUUCAAUGCAAGAAUGACCUAUGAGGCCAUGAUGGACCUGCUGUCAACAGGGCAGGAGAAUGUCCCAAACUACAGUUGCGGAACACCCAAACAUCUGCUGGCAGCGCUUGAAGGAACCCAUUCUGAGCUCUUUCAUGAUGUUACCACUAUGUUGGGCAUUUACAAAAUCCCACAGUCACUCCAAUCACCUGACUUCCCUCCAAGAGAGUGGAGGACAAAAAUGUAUGGUCCCCCGUAUUCCAACCACAUCCAAGGGAGCCGGAGGAUUGCUGUGGAGGAAAAAGAGGGGAAAGAUCCCUUUAAGAGGGUCAAUUAUGGGGUCAUCAGCCACAUUCCUGAGCAAAAACAGUAUUUUCCUUUUUUCUACCGGGUGAGUCCAAAACAAGAGCCUCCUCACUUGGCAAUUGUCAAGCUCCUCCUGCAUUUCCGAUGGACGUGGAUCAGCCUCUUUGCUCUGGAAAAUGAAAGCGGAGAAAAGUUUAGAAGAAACUUUGAGCUUGUGGCCAUCAAGAAAGGGCUUCAUCCGUUCCUAAGAAACUUCCAGCUUUACAAUCUUACUGAGGAUGAUGUUUAUUUGGAUGAGAAUGGAGAUCCUGCUACUGACUUCGACAUCAUGGACUGGGCAGUAUUUCCCAACAAAACUGCUGCUGGGGUGACAAUCGGAAAGAUAGAAAGGGAGGCCUCUUCCGAAGUCAAGCUCUCCAUCGAUCAGAGGGCCAUCAUAUGGCCAAGUUCAUUUCACCAGAAAAUGCCUUUUUCAAGAUGCACUGAGAGUUGUCUCCCAGGGUACGCCAAGCUCACAAGAGAGGGAGCCCCAGUUUGCUGCUACGACUGUUCUCCGUGUGUGGAAGGAACCAUCUCCACGGAGGAAGAUGCAGCCCACUGUAGAAAGUGUCCAGAUGACCAGCAUUCCAAUAAGAAGCGGGAUCAAUGUGUCCCCAAAGUUAUAAGCUUCCUGUCUUAUGAAGAAAUCUUAGGUCUGCUCCUGGCUCUCUUUUCCUCCUUUUUGUCUCUAACCACUGCCUUCAUUCUGGGAAUCUUCAUUAAAUACCAAGAAACACCCCUAGUCAAAGCCAACAACCGGGACCUCACCUACAUUCUCCUGGUUUCCCUCCUGCUUUCCUUCUUGACCCCCUUUCUAUUCAUUGGACACCCCAGGAAAGUGACCUGCUUUCUUCGACAAACCGCCUUCAGUGUUGUUUUCUCUGUUGCUGUGUCUUCAUUGCUGGCCAAGACUGUCAUGGUAGUGGUAGCCUUUCUGGCCACAAAGCCAGGCAGCAGGAUGAGGAAAUGGCUGGGGAAGAGUCUCGCCAACUCCAUUGUCUUGUCCUGCUCUGGGGUUCAGGUGGGCAUUUGCAUUAUAUGGCUGGGAAUCUCCCCUCCAUUCCCAGAUGCCGACCUGUAUUCCCAACCAGGACAUAUCUUGCUGCAGUGCAACGAAGGUUCAGUCACCAUGUUCUAUGCUGCAUUGGGUUAUAUGGGUCUUCUGGCUGCCAUCUGCUUCUUGGUGGCUUUCCCGGCUCGGAAGCUGCCAGGGACCUUCAACGAAGCCAAGUGGAUCACCUUCAGCAUGUUGGUUUUCUGCAGCGUUUGGGUCUCCUUUGUCCCUACCUACCUGAGCACCAAAGGGAAAUACAUGGUGGCCGUGCAGAUCUUCUCCAUCCUGGCCUCCAGCCUGGGCUUACUGGGCUGCAUCUUUAUCCCCAAAUGCUACAUCAUCAUCCUGAGACCUGACAUGAACACCAAGGAGCAUCUAAUGAUGAAAAUUAAUGUGGGCUCCUGA